CUUGAGUCACCCUCUAACCAUCAUUUCCCUUUCUAAUGACUCGAAGGAGUGUCGUAUAAAGUCAGGAGUGCCUCAGGUUCUUUGUCUAAUCAGUAUUCCAUUUCGAGAAGAUUUCAUCUAGCUAGGUCUUGACUUUGGGAAGGAAGAAACGUUAUGUCUGCUACGUCAACACUCCCUGUGCGAGAGAGUAAGAAGCAAGAUGGGGCUGAAGCGAGUAGAUUGGUGAAGCCGGCGAAGGAGUUGAGGAAGGACUUUCUGUUUGAUCAAAAGUAUCGCAACCUCAAUCAUGGCUCCUUCGGCACCUACCCCAAACCCGUCCGUGACACUAUGCGCGCCAUGCAGGACGCUGCCGAAGCUCGCCCAGAUGACUUCAUUCGCUACAUCUACCCCAAACUCCUCGACGAGUCCCGCGCUGCCAUUGCUGGUGUCCUUAACGCUCCCGUCGACACCCUCGUCUACGUCCCCAACGCUACGACAGGCAUAAAUACCGUCCUCCGCAACCUCACCUACGAAAAAGGUGAUAAAAUCCUGCAUUUCUCUAGCAUCUACGGUGCUUGCGGAAAGACAGUGACGUAUAUCACCGAAACGACCCCGGCAGAGGCCGUACAGAUUGAGUUCACGUAUCCCGUAGAGGAUGAUUGGCUGGUUGAGGAGAUGAAGCGAAAGGUUGAGGAAGAGAAAAAGCAGGGGAAUCGCGUGCGGAUUGCAAUCUUUGAUACUGUUGUAUCGAUGCCGGGUGUCCGCAUGCCGUUUGAGAAGCUCGCGGCGGCUUGUAAAGAGGUAAGUGUGCUGAGCUUCGUCGACGCGGCGCAUGCUAUUGGGCAUGUGGAGUUGGAUUUGCAGAAGUUGGACCCAGAUUUCUUGGUUAGCAAUUGCCACAAAUGGCUCUACGUCCCCCGCGGCUGCGCAGUCUUCUACGUGCCGGUCCGCAACCAACACCUGCUCCGGUCUAGCCUCCCAACCUCGCACGGCUUCGUCCCUAUUCCAAAGCCAGGCGUCACUUACAUCAAUCCCUUCGCCCCUUCCUCUUACACCCCCUUUAUCUACAACUUCUCCUUCGUCGGCACCAUCGACAACUCGCCCUACCUCUGUAUCCCCGCCGCGCUGAAGUACCGCGAGAGCAUUGGCGGCGAAAAGGCCAUCAUGGCCUACAACUCCGCUCUUGCGAACGCGGCCGCAAAGCAUGUAGCUAAAGUGCUCGGCACCGAGAUACUGCAGAACUCGACGGGCACGCUGACGAACUGCUGUCUGACCAACGUCCGCCUUCCGCUCGAGGUCGACGCUAUUGUGAAGGUCAUGGCAGCGAAGGGGUUGAUGAAGACUGCCGCGGAGGUGCAGAGCCUGGUGCGGGAUUGGAUGGUGGAGCGCAUGGUGGAGGAGUAUGACACGUUCAUUGCCAUGGUGGUGUAUGGGGGCGCGUGGUGGGUGAGGUUUAGCGGGCAGGUGUAUUUGGAUAUGGAGGAUUUCGAGUGGGCGGGGACGGUGUUGAAGGAGCUUUGCGGGAGGGUUGGGAAGGGGGAGUUUGUGAUGGAGGAGAAAAGCAGGGCCCGCUUGUGAUUGACAGGACUGGAAGUAUUGCACAUCAAUAUUUCUAACAGGCCUGCCAUGUAACGGAAAAGCCGGACAGCUGAUAGAUCUUGGAGUGGAGACUAUUUCAAUCUUUCUUAUCCUACGAUCUAUAUGUUACAACGCUUUAGGUGGCUGACUGAAGGACUAGACAGAGAAAGGCUGCUGGCAAGUAUGCAGGUUGUUUCUUAGCCUCCAGAUGACAUACCGUCUAGAACCGGGU